AUGCAUUUCCCUCUGUUUCGCAUCCUCGCCGCCCUCGCAGCUGUGCGUGCUGCCUCCCUGAAUGACGUCUGUUCCGUCUCCUACGUCAAAGCACAUCUCCCACCGCCUGGUUUCUACCAGGGUGUCACGAUCAGUCCCUCCUCGGUGACGGCAAACCCGGUGACCAAUGUGCAGGUGGUAGACUACGAUUUCUAUCCCGAUGCCAUCUUCGACUAUUGCAACGUCAGCUUCACCUAUUCCCACGAUGGCCUGGACGACCAAGUCCUCUUGACCUACUGGCUUCCCGCGCCAGCCAAGUUCCAGAAUCGCUUUCUGGCCACGGGCGGCGGUGGCUAUGCCAUCAACUCAGGCAAUCAGUCCCUGCCGGGUGGGAUCAUCUACGGGGCUGUCGCUGGCAUGACCGACGCAGGCUUUGGCGCUGCUCAGAGCAACACCAUCACUCAGUGGCUCUCGGCGAACGGGACCCUGAACUGGCACAACAUCUACAUGUUUGGCUACCAGGGGAUUCGCGAGAUGACCCAGCUAGGCAAGGAGUUCACCAGGAGCUUCUUCAACCUGACCCAGUCCAACGCCACCUUGUACACAUACUGGCAGGGCUGUUCCGAAGGCGGUCGCGAAGGGUGGAGUCAGGUCCAACGCUACGCAGACUCCUUCGACGGAGCUGUAAUUGGCGCCCCGGCCUUUCGCUGGUCCUUCCAGCAGACCCAGCUCCUGUACCCGGAUGUGGUCGAGCAGACGAUGGGCUACUACCCGUCUCCAUGCGAGCUGCAGAAGAUCGUCAACGAGACCAUAAUCGCCUGCGACCCGCUCGAUGGAAAAACCGAUGGCGUCGUUGCACGGACCGAUUUGUGCUAUAUGAACUACAACAUAUCCGCCAUCGAAGGGAUGCCUUACCACUGUCCGGCAACACCAGCAGUUCCCGGCGUCCCCGCGACACCUGCCCAACAAGGCAACGUCACGAAACAGGCCAUCGCCGUGGUCCAGAAAAUGCUCGAAGGCAUCCACGACACCCAGGGGCGGCGGGUAUAUUUCGCGCCGACGCCGAGCGCGCAGUUCACCGAGGCGCAGACGGGCUGGAACGCGACGUCCAACCAGUGGGGACUGUCUGUCAUCGCGCUGGGCGGCGUCUUCGUCGAGGUGGAAAUCGACAUGCUCAACGGCACCAACAUCCCAAACCUGAACGGCGUCACGUAUGACACGCUCAAGGACUGGAUCGUCGAGGGCAUGCAGCGCUUCCAGGGCGUGCUCGAGACCACGUGGCCGGAUCUGACCCCUUACAAGAACGCGGGAGGGAAAGUGCUCAUGUUCCACGGCGAGUCGGACUGGGGCAUCCCGACGGCGUCGUCGGUCCGGUACUGGGAGUCUGUACGACGAAUCAUGAGCCCAUCCGGCCAGGGGUACAACGCCUCGGUGGCGGCGCAGAAUGACUUCUUCCGACUCUUCCUGGUCCCCGGCGCCACGCACUGCGCCGCCAACCCGGCCGAGCCCAACGGUCCCUUCCCGCAGACCAACCUCGCCGUCAUGAUCGACUGGGUCGAGAAGGGCGUCGUCCCCACCACCCUGAACGCCACCGUCCUCCAAGGCCCCAAUAAGGGUCAGAACCAGCAGAUCUGCGCCUGGCCCUUGAGGCCCGUGUGGUCUUCCUCCGCCAACGCGACUAGCCCGCAAUGCCGCUAUGACCAGAAGAGCGUGGAUUACUGGAACUAUGAUCUUGAUGCCUUCAACGUGCCUAUAUACUGA